GGCAAAUUUGGUGAGCGGACGGGCUGGAGCGCGACGUUGAGGAGGCGCGAGAUGGCCCUUACGCGAGGAGCUACUCAGUUUGAGCAGCAGUACGACCCGAAACGGAUCGGUAACUGGGAGCUGCCGGACACACCCGACUCUGCUCCGCGCAUGCGCCAUGGCAGCACCAAGUUCAUCGCCAACGACCGCGGCCACCUGCUGGAGAACACAUGCAAGAGCAAGGAGAGCCCCUGGACAGGGUUCCGCCGGACGGUCACGUGGGACGGGCCGCGCCGGCCGGCCGGGCCUCACAGUCACAGCCGGCCGGGUUACCAGAACAUCCUGAAGCCGCCCCAGGGACGUCAGGCGAGGGAAAGUCGCCCGAAGGGUGCUGUAGCCACGCAUCAUGUCGAAGCCAGUACGGACGUGACCAAAGGCCGACCGGAGUGUUGUGUCAGCCAGCAUGCCUACCUCUGCUGCCCAGCGGGAGCGCCAGGCGCAUGCUCCCAGUAGAUGUCGCGACUGGCGUGACACCAGGUGGCGUCCUCACGUCUGGAGGUGCCUUCUCCGUCAUCGACGGGGAGGAUGCCGUCGGAGCUGUCCUACGACCUGCGGCCGUAUCUGGCUGAACGUGCUUUGCACAGACUGCACCGCAAAACUUCCUCCUUCAUCCGUCUAUGACCCUUUGGCGGUAAAGUGUUUAAAAUGCACCGCGUCGGUAUUGAGUUACAUGGUUUCACAAACAGAUGACUGGCUGUCGGGAAUCAAAUUUUUUCUUGUUCAUUAGGUAAUGUUAAAAUGUCGCCGGUGGCCUCGAUAUAUCGCUCAUAUGUAUAAAAAAUUACCGCAUU